AUGAAUUCUCAUUUGCUAAGAGCCCUCCGUCUGGAAGCACCUCAAUACAUAACUGUGUAAUAAUGACAUCAUCACCAUGCAGCUGUGUGCCAACAAGCUCGACAAGAAGGAUUUCUUCGGCAAAUCUGACCCCUUCCUUGUUUUCUACCGCAGCAACGAGGAUGGCACGUUCACCAUCUGCCACAAGACAGAGGUAGUGAAGAACAAUCUGAAUCCAGUAUGGCAGCCAUUCUCCAUUCCUGUGCGCGCCCUGUGCAAUGGAGACUACGACAGGACAGUGAAAAUCGAUGUCUAUGACUGGGACAGGGAUGGCAGCCAUGAUUUCAUCGGGGAGUUUGCCACAAGCUACAGGGAACUCUCUCGUGCCCAGAGCCAGUUCACAGUCUAUGAGGUUUCUAAUCCUAGGAAGAAAUGCAAGAAAAAGAAAUACAUCAACUCGGGGACUGUAACUCUUCUGUCGUUUGCAGUGCAAUCGGAAUUCACCUUUGUGGAUUACAUUCGAGGCGGGACACAGCUGAAUUUCACAGUCGCCAUUGAUUUCACAGCCUCCAACGGGACUCCCUCACAGCCCACCUCCCUCCAUUACAUGAGCCCGUAUCAGCUCAGCUCCUACGCCAUGGCGCUGAAGGCGGUUGGCGAAAUCAUCCAGGAUUACGACAGCGACAAGCUUUUCCCUGCCUAUGGCUUCGGAGCCAAGGUCCCGCCAGACGGCAAGGUCUCCCACCAGUUCCCUUUGAACCACAACCCAGACAACCCCAGCUGCGAGGGCAUCGAGGGAGUGCUGGAAUCCUAUUUCCAAAGCUUGCGUACGGUGCAGCUGUAUGGACCCACCAACUUUGCACCUGUCAUUAACCAGGUCGCCCGUUUGGCUGCCGAGGUUACCGACGGGUCCCAAUAUUAUGUCCUUCUCAUCGUCACGGAUGGCGUCAUCUCCGACAUGCUGCAAACCAAGGAAGCGAUUGUCAGCGCCUCUUCUUUGCCUAUGUCCAUCAUCAUCGUGGGAGUAGGCCCUGCUGAAUUUGGGGCAAUGGAAGAGCUGGAUGGAGACGAAGUGCGGGUCUCCUCCAGGGGGCGCUAUGCUGAGAGGGACAUUGUACAGUUUGUGCCCUUCCGGGACUACGUGGAUCAUUCGGGGAACCACGUGUUGAGCAUGGCACGCUUGGCGAAGGAUGUCUUAGCCGAAAUCCCUGAGCAACUCCUCUCCUACAUGAAGACCCGCGACAUCAAGCCCCUUUCUGCUAGUCCACAGUAGCUCCAACCUCGGUGCAGCCUGAGCCAAUCAGAUUAUUUCUGCUCCGGCCGGGACUGGGAUGAUUUCUACCAACUGGGAAACAUUGACGGUUCCCACUCUUUCCUUCGGAGCUGACUGGGUCAUGCAGGGUGGGGGUGGGAAAUCUCCCUGGGGAGGUGGGCAGGAUAUGAACUCCAUGCCUCAUAUACAGGCCAAGACACCAGCACAACAGCAUGAAGCCACCCAGAAUCUCAAAGGGAUGACCCCAGAGUCCAUCACCCAGCCCUGGCAAGGGGCAUGAGCCGGAAGGUAUUUCAGAAGACUCGCUGGGGCACCCUAGGGCAGUAUGUCCCACAGGCCAAAUUUGCUUAACAAGGCACCAUUUGGCUCUAUUUCUGCCUGGUUAUUGACAAUAAACUAUCCUUUGU